UGGCCAAGCGCCCAGGUGAUUUAUCAAAUCCGUGUAUACACCGAAAGGUGAAUGGAAAUAAACAACGUUCCGUGUUUGUGUCAACUUAUUUUUAUUUUCGAAAUGUGUUCUAUAAAACACAAUUAUUGGACAUAAUAUUCAUAAAAGUUGUAUCUCUGGUGGAAUAAUUUUAAUUCAAGAUGGAAAGAGCCAGGUGCACUUGAAAGAUAUGAUUGUAAGAUAUUGAUUAGCUGAAAAUGGAGGUCCAGGAAAGAGAAAGGUCAAGACACAGAAAGACCACUUCAUCAGGUCACAGGUACUCUCGAGAAAGUCAUCGGGACCGUGACUACGAGUUUGACUUCAAUGAUAUAAGUCGAGCCUCCACUCCCACCAGUACCUUCAGCUCUAAGUCGGAGGGUCGUAAACGAGAAAAGGAGCAUAAAUAUUCCUCAGAUGAUUAUAGACGUAAAAUUGCACGUCUUAAAAGUGAAUUAGAUCUUGAAAAAGCUAAAAACAAGAAACAACAUAAAGAAAAAACUUCAGAACUCAGGGAAAUGAGAGAGUCGUAUGAAGUCAGAAAAGAGGCUGAUAUUAAUGAUCUUGAACAUAAAAUGAAGAAAAGAUUAGAAAAAGAAAAGAGGCAUCUGGAAGAGUCUAUAAGAAGUAGUAUUAUGGAAGAGAAAGAUAAAGAAAUGAAAGAUGUUCUUAAAUACAAGGAAGAUGAAAUUAAAGAACUUAGAAAAAAAUAUAAACAUGAGAAAGAGAGUGCCAUACAGUUUGCGGUAGAAAAUGAAAAAUUAGUUGUGCAGGAAAAAGAAAAACAAAUGAGUGAGGAAAUGGAAAAACUUAAAAAAGAGAAAGAAAAAUUGGAAGAAGAAUAUAAGAAAAAGGUUGCAGAAGAGGCUAAAAAAGAUAAGGAGUUUUCCAAAAUUAAAGAAGAAUAUGAUGCAGAAUUAAGACGAAUUUUAGGUGAAUCAAAGAAACUUGCUUUAGGUAAUUUAGAAAAACUUAGAAAAGCGGAACAAGCAUUAAGUGAACACUGUGGUGAAUCAGAUGAUGAAUUCAAUGAGCUGGAAUUUAAUGAGUUAAUGUCAGAAAUUAAUCAGAUACAGAGUCAAGCUUCAAGCAGGGCUGUUAGUAGGUCAGUGUCCACUACAAGUGAAUUAAAAUUUGAUGAACUUAAUUUGCAUAUAAGUAAUCUUUUAGCAUCCCCUGCAGUGACCCCUGGACCUCUUGUUCAAAGUCAGUCUGUGACCCCUGGACCUGGAAGUCAAGGUCAGUCCUUGACACCUGGACCUGUAGGUCAAGGUGAGGAAAUGGAGAGACCAUCACCGUUGACAAUAAAAGGUUUGACUGUAGAUGGAAAAACAAGGUCAGCAUCAGCCAUGAGUGAACCAGCAAGGGAUCUUUUUAAUCGUAAACAAGAAGAGAGAGAUCGUCAGUUACACAAGAAGGUCACAGAGCUUCAGACACAAACACAGAGAUUGGAACGUAAAAUUGCUCUCCUCAAAACUGAAAAUGAGACACUUAAACGCAAACAAGAUGAUAAAAAACCAUUGGAAGAAAAGAUUAAAACGUUGAAGAAACGGAAUGCCGAGCUGGCUGCCAUUGCACGUAGGUUGGAGGAAAAAGCGAAACAUCUACAACAAGAAAAUAUGAAGAAAGCUAAGGAGAUGGCUGCUGGGAGCCAGCUAGCUAGUGGUGUGCAUGGAACUGAUCAAAUGAAGAAAAUGUUUGCACGGCAAAGAGCGAAAGACCUUGCGGAACAUGCCAAACAGAUGCUUGCAAAAGAUCGGGAAAUCGAGGACCUGCGGAAAAAAUGUCAGGAAUUGGCUGACCAACUCAGCAAUGCAGAUUUUCUAGGACCAGAGAAUUCGGAGAUGUAUGAAGAGAAAGAAGAAUUGGUUUCCAUCAUAAAACAGGCUGCAAAAGAGCGGCUUCAGAUGGAACGUCAGUUAGCCAUCGCUAAACCGGGACCUGAUUCUAAAGUAGUGAGUGCUGAGAAAUACAAAGAAUUAGAGGAAACAAACGAGACACUAAAGAAAGAGAUCCAAAAACUAGAGAGAGCUCAAAGUGAUACUGAAAGACUUGAGAUCGAACUAACUCAGAAGAAGUUAGAGUGUGAAAGACUGACACGGGAUAUUGAAGAGCAGAGAGAACUCUCGAAAACCCUUGAAAGUGAACUCACAGCUACUUCUUCAAAGAACACAGAACUUACUGAGCAAGUGUCAAGUCUUCAUGACCGUCUGCAGCAAUUAGAAAAGGUUAAUGAGGAAUGUAGUACCUUACGUCUAAGUCUCUCCGAGGCACAGCAUGAGUGUGAGGUUGCUAAAGGAGAUGUUUCGGUGCUGCAGCUCAAAGUCCAGAAUCUAGAAACUGUUGUCCAGAACUUGGAAUUUUCUACAGAGAAACUGAAACAGGUAGAGGCAGAUUAUCAUGACACGGUGCUCAAACUUCAAGAUAAACAGCGAGAAAUUGAUCAGCUACAAAAGGUUCAGGAGAGUGCGAGAGAAAAAUAUGAGACUGCAAUAAAAUCAUUACAAGAUAAAAUACACGGCCUUGAACACCAGUGUCAACAGCAUGCCUCAAAACAGCAGGAGUUAACGGAUGAACUUACACUACUUCGCACACAAGCUGCACAAAAAUCACAAAACAUUCGUAAUACUGAAAUUCAGACUAGUAAAAGUUUAGAAUUUGCUCCGUCCUCAACCUCAUCACCCAAUCAAUCACCGCGUCACAGUCCAGUAAUUCAAGGGAGUUACCGAAAGUCACCUGCCAUAGCUCCGCACACGCCAGUAAAUAAUUCACGGAAAUCGCCCAGCAUUUCAAAAUCACCCGCAUCCAGCAUUAAAUCACCAGGAAUCAAAGUGCCAUCUCCAUCUUUGGGAACGCCGUCUGCUGUAAACAGGGGACACAACUCCAGUAAAGGAAAUUCACCCGCUCAAGAAGUGAUCCAACGACAUCAAGCUACGCCCCCGGUACAUUCCACACCGAAACGAGUAAAUGGCUUAAGUGAGCAAACAGAGUCGACAAAGUCGGGAGGCACUGAUACAGGUUUUGCAGAUGAUGAUGAUGUGACACAGUCUAACAAUCUAUCUCCAGACCCUGACAAGGCAGAUUUUGAGGACCCAGAAUUAUUAGCUAUAGCUGAAAAAUUGAAAGAACUUGAAAACCAGUCUGACUCAGACGACAGUAGUAAAUCAGAUAAAGGUGAGGAUUCUGGGAUGGAGAGCAGGGGAGAUCACCGAGGAGAGCCUGAGAUAUCAGAAAUCUCCAUCGGUGACAGUCGCUUGUCUGUUCUUGCCAAGAAGGGACCAAUUCAAGUAUACAGUGCUAAAUAUAGUUAUGACCCCUACAAAUAUUCACCGAAUGAGAACCCAGAAGCAGAGCUUCCGCUACAGGCUGGAGACUACGUGCUUAUCUAUGGAGAGAUGGAUGAGGAUGGUUUCUUUGAGGGAGAAUUGAUAGAUGGCAGACGUGGAUUGGUGCCUUCAAACUUCAUUGAGAAAGUUUCAGAUGAAGAUCUGCCAGACUUCCAUGCUGCAAUGGCGAUGGCUGGUCAUGAGGAGAAUAGUACUGCUGCUAACAGUAUAGCUGUACCUGACCUUGACAUUGAUAGUGGCGAUGAACUUGAUAAACAUGAUGACAUUGUGGCGGAUGAAAGUUCUCAGUUGAAAGCAGAACCUUUAAGUGACCUUGAUGAUAUUAUCGAAGAAGAUGAAGAUAUUAACCAAUCAAAACACAGAGAUAUACUCGCAAAUGUUCAUACUGGUGCUCCCUUUCCUAAAAAUCUUCAACUUGAACGCCAACUUGCCAACAGUAUUCUUGUCAGUUGGUCACCGCCUGACAAUGCUGACAAUGCUGAAAUACGCUCAUAUCAUGUGUUCUUGGACGGUGACUUUAAAACUGCAAUUCGAGGAAAUGAACGAACGAAGGCGCUGUUAGAAAAUGUGGAAUCUCGGAAGAUCCACCGGGUCAGUGUGCGUUGUAUCAGCUCUCUGGGUCAGUCACAUGACAACCAGUGUACGAUUCUUGUCGGAAAAGAUGUGAUCCCAGCACCGUUUGAUCUCCGACUGAGUGACGUAACGGCAAACUCGGCUGUAAUAUCGUGGACUCCAGGAGAUAGUUGUUUACAUCACGCAAUAUUUGUUAACAAUGUAGAAAUACGUGUGGUGAAGCCUGGGGUAUACUCUCAUAAACUUACAGGGUUAAGUCCAGCUACAUCUCAUACAGCAAAAAUUCAGGCGAGAAAUCUACAUGGGAAAAUAGAGGACAAUAAUAUUAAGCCAGAGAAGUUAUCUUCAAAUAUUGAGUUCAUGACAGCACGUGGUGGUGUUCCAGACCCUCCGGUCAGUGUUCAGGUUGAGUCGGGUCCACAAGAAGGCAGUAUUUUAUUAACAUGGUUACCCGUUACCAUAGAUACUUCGGGAUUUUCAAAUGGUGCUUCAGUAUCCGGAUAUUAUGUAUAUGCAGAUGGUCAGAAAAUAAAACAUGUUCAUGGGGCCACUAAUGAUCAUUCCAUACUAACGUCAGAGGAUUUCCGCGGUUUUGUGCCAAAAGCGCUGAGUGUGUGUACUGUUUCGAAGGAAAAAGUGGAGUCAGCAAGUUCUGAGGUUGUUCGACUUCCUCAGAACCUUGUCAAGGAACUUACUGUUGGUGGUGCAAAAUCACAGGCUGUAGAGGCCACACAGAAAGUCAGGAAAUCACCACUGCAUGGUCACAACCCGGAUGAAGUGAUAGACUCUGCUUUUAAAGAGAUAGACAAGGCUUAUGAACAGAAGGCUUUAGUGCCAACAAGUUUUCCGGAUGCAUUUUAUGACAGUAGUUGCUCUGAAUUGUCGGACAUUCCUGAAGUUGAGGAACCAUCCUCACCAGAAUCAGCCAAUGAAAACAGUCCUCUCAAAGAUACUUUGCAUUCAUUGGUCAAUGGUCUCACAAACCUGUCCAAUGACAGUUCAGAUUUUGAAGAAAUUUAUCAGAGAAAUCUAACAGAGGAAACAAAUGCAGAAGUGCAUGAUGGGAAGUCUGUACAAAGUAGCCAAUCAGCAGUCAGCAGCAAAUCACAUGACCAGCAGCAUCCAUUUUCUAGUCCAGCCAAUGAGAAGAAAGAGAAAGCUAUAUCCUCAAAAACUGUGCCACAAAUAGAAAUUACAAGAGAAAACAGUAUCGACAAGAUGACUUCAAAACAGAAUUCUGGAGAGAGAGCGGAAUAUGUGAAAUCAGACCCUGUAGGGAGCAACACAAAAUCAUCAAAAUUUUCAUCAGAACAAAGUGCGGAAAAAGACGCAAAAUAUAGUGCCAGAAUGGAUAAACGUGACGGAUAUCGGGAAGAUAAUUAUUCAGCUGAUUCGCAUUCACCUAGGCAUAUUCGUGAUCAUUCUAAACGUGAUAAAAGUGAUGAUAUUUCAAGACAAACUGGAGAUUCCAGAUCAAACAAAGGUGCCAGUCCAAACAGUGCUAACGUGGCUCGAAGCUCAAGCCCAAGACAUUCAAAAAGUGAAAGCCCUGGUUCAAGAGUUAGUCCCAAGAUUAAGGAAAGUCCACGAUCUAAAAGUAGUCCAAGGAAUUCAGACAGGUUGCAUGAUCGGCAUAGUCCACAUGGUCAUCGGAGAUCAGGUGCUAGUCCGGAACAUACAGCAAGACAUCAGAGCAGAAGUCCGGUUCCUAGUCCUAACUCUAAAUCAAAUGCUAAUUACGGUUACUUGGCUCAAGUAGAACCACUUGAGCUGUCUAAAUUGGAAAGAGAACAAAGUGAUAUGAAUUACCCAGAAUCAGAUGACGAUUCAAUAACUGGCGAGAUCAAUCCACCUGUUGAUGAUAACAGGAUAAGAUUAUUUGUAGCUUUAUUUGAUUAUGAUCCACAAACUAUGUCACCAAAUGUGGAUUCACUGGAUGAAGAGUUACCAUUUAGAGAAGGACAGAUAAUCAAAGUGUUUGGUGACAAAGAUGCAGAUGGGUUUUAUCGAGGAGAAUGUCAAGGUCGUGUCGGGUAUAUACCAUGUAACAUGGUGUCGGAGAUUCAAGUGGACGACCCGGAACUUGAGGAACAACUGCUGCAGGAAGUACAGCAGAAUGGUACCAUGUCAAACUCGGCAAUCUCAGAACAGUUGUCUGCAUCUGAUAAAUACAUGAAGCCAAUUACUACCAACGGAAUACACCUGAGCCCCAGUGAUUUACCGUCUAUAUCAGGCGAGGUUGUUGUCCGUAGAAUGGUUGCUCUGUAUGACUAUGAUCCACAAGAACUGUCGCCCAAUGUAGAUGCAGAGGUGGAGUUAUCAUUCAAGGCUGGCGAUUUCGUUGUCUGUUAUGGUGAGAUGGAUGAUGAUGGAUUCUACAUGGCUGAGAUUAGUGGUCGCAAGGGUCUCGUCCCAUCAAAUUUUUUACAAGAAAGCGGGGUCUCAGACGAAGAGGCCCUGGAUUCCGUCAGCGUCGUAACACCCGCAAGGUCAGGCGAAAGUAUCAACACUUCUGACUCGAGAAAAUCUGAAAAAUCUGAGAAAGUUGAAAAUAAAGGCAGAAUACAUAAGCGAAAGCGAGGAAAGUUUGCUAUGAAACGCCUCAACAACAACAACAGUCGGGUCCGAGCCCAGGCAUGGGCGGCUCCCCAACCAAACUGGCCAACCAACAUGAUCAAGUAGAGGUCACAAACGAGGACAUUGGAAUGACCCGGCCAAGGUCACUUACUCCUGAUGAACUAAAACAGAAGAAAAAAUCUGGCGGAAUUUUCUCCAAGGGCAAAAAUAUCUUUAAAAAGUUCACAAGAUAGCAUAGGAAUAUUAAAAAUUAUAGCAAACAAAGUUUAGAAACAAUUAAGAAUAGUGUAAUUAUUCCAUACAAGGCAUGCAAGAGUCAAUAAUGAUGCUAGAAAGUGUGCAUUUUAUAUAAAUUUGCCACUUAAAUAAACUCGUAGCCAUUACACAUGUGAAACCUAUGAUGAGGCAUUCCAUUAUUGUGAUAUCACAAUGAGCCCAUCACACAAAAAAAAUGGAGAAGACGGGUUUAGAGGUUGCUACUCCAAUGUGGAGAGUAUUCCAGAAUUAAGGGAGGUAAUGACCAUGAAUGCUUAACAUAGACAUGUCGAGUUAUAAGGUUAUAACUUUGAAGGGCUCACAAGCAUAAAGGCAUGACUUGUUCUCAUAUUUGAAAGAAAUGCACACAAAAUCAAAGGUGAAAGCGGUUACCAGUAUUAGUAUUCGGCUGUUUGAAAAAGCAGUGUAAAAAACGGUUUAUUAAGAGUUGAGAGUUGUGAACAUGUACAAAACAAAUGUGAAAGUUUUGUGUUGUUGAAAAUCUCUUUUUAGUUAUGAUAAAUGUUUCUUGCCUACCUAGAAAAAAUUGUGUGUCUGCAUUUGACUAGUUUUAUGUUAUCUACGGCAUUAUUACAUUUUCUUUCAAAUGAAAUCAAAGUCUGCCAUUAACUUAAGUGAACUGUUUUGCAAUUAUUAUUUGUUUAUCAUUGUUGGACAUGUUUAUUAGUGUAUUUAUUAAAUUAACAUGACAAAAUAACUGUUGAAUUGAAAUUAUAUAGAAGCUGAUUUGUGAUAGUUAAAAUGAUAUUUGUAGUUGUAACACUUGACGUUAGAUUCUAACACUUGACAUUUGGACACUGAUGUUAAGAUUCUAACACUGAUAUCAGACUGACAUUACAUUCUAACACUGAGGUUAGAUUCUAACACUGAUAUCAGACUGACGUUAGAUUCUAACACUGACGUUACAUUCAAGUUGUUUCUUUUGUGCCAGUAGAUCUGAUUGUUUUUUGUUUAUGCAUUUAUUUUGAAUAUAUAGUGAAGCUUGUUAACAUUGUGUCAGGAAAAGCUAUCUCCCACAAAGUGAGAUAACUCUGAUUGUCAUCAAGUAGCAUAACUCCAUAUAAAGUCACUGCUUACGGUAUAUUGAAUGGAUAGGAAGAGCUGGUAAUACAUUCUUUAUCCUUUUAUUAUGGUAACUGUUUGACAUGCAUAUCUCAAAUCAUAGUGAUUUUAGAAAAUACAUUUUGUAAACUAGUUCUCCUAUCCAAUUAGAUUGGCUUUAAUUCAAUUGUAAACUCAUUUAUUUGUUAUGUUAAGCAUACUAAAAAUGUAUGUCCAGAUUUCAGUUAGAAGCAGUGAUAUAUAAUUAACACAGUAUCUCAGCUGUAUUUCAAGAUAUAAUAUUUUUUAGGUAAAUGCCUUUAGAAUAUUUACAUUUUUUUUAUAGAUCUAUUACAUAAACUAUUUCUGAGAUUGAGACACCCUGGUUAUGAAAAUGCUUUUGAGCCUAAUUAGUAUCUAAAGAAGCACAUAUUUGUUAUAAAAAAAAUGUUUCUUAGACAGUUUUUCUACAAUUGGUUGUGCUGUAAAUGCAGGUAUCUAACUUUAGCUUUUUAUAUGGUCACAAUUUUAAUACGAGAUGACAUAGUUAUUUAUACAUACAUUGUAUAUAGCAGAAAAUACUGCUACAACUGUAAAUAUUUAUACCAGAGUACGUAAAGAGCAGUUGUGAAGAGUGAAAAGUUAUUGUGAAGAGUGAAGAGUUAUUUUAUACAACAAACCAUGUUUGAGUUCAUACAUGUGUUUAUAUAUAAAUAGGCUUCAUUAUCGUGAUUUCAUUACAAAAUAACUGUGCCAGACAAAAUUCAACUUUAACUUGGUUUAAAAGCUGCAGAGGUCUUCUUGCCAAGAUUUAAUUUGCCUGCCAAAUCUAUUUUUUGGAUAAGUAACUCUUGUCAGUGAAGUUUCAGAAGAGUUGUCUUACGCUAGUACUCUUCAUGGAGUUUAUGAAAUUAAUGAAUCUUUUGGAAAUAAUGCAAAUUUAGUUGAUUUUGAAUUUAAAUUUUGUGAAACUUUGGCAUAAAACAAAACAAAUAAAAGCGUUUGUUAACAUUUUGACUUUUUCUCUAUUUAUCUGACAAGGGUCUAAUGUAGUCAGUAAAAAUUGGUCAGUUAUUCUAGAUUUGUAGACAUGUUUUCAAAUGAAUGUUGCCUACUGUUAAAAAAGAACUCACAACUGAUUUAGCUAUUGUUGUUUGGUCUGUCUAUCUUACUGUGAUAUCCCAUGUUUGUUUUUUCAUUCCCUCCAUUGUUUUAGCUCACCUAGGCCAUGGUGUAGAGUAGGCUGUUUGUAUAGAUGAGUUUUCUGCCAUACAUCCAAAAAUUGCCAUAUUUUAAUAAUUCAAGCAUUUCAAAAACAUUUUUGGUAGAAUUUAACUAAAAUUGGCCAGCAUAAAACUUGAAUUAUUUAGCUUGUUUUUCUAUCUAAUAUUCAGAACAUCUUAUCAAAGCAAGAAGGAAUAAGGGAAUGUGAUAGAACUUGAUUUCUCAAAACCUUAUCAUAGAUUUUUCGCAGAAUGUAUGUUUUUUGGGUUUUUUUUUUUUUUCAAGAAAUAUUUCAACAAGAUUUUAAAUUAGAAGUUUUUACUUGAUUAGGUGAGUGGCAUAUGACCAGUGCUACCCUCAUUGUUAUGUUGUUUAAUGUUUACACUUUAACAUGGCUGUAUCUGUUUACAAAGUGUUGUUUGGUUUACUGAACUAGAAAUGCAUUUGUGUAAGCUGAUAACUGUAAAUUAUGUUGAUUAAGUAUUGGUUUUUGAGCAGUUUAAACUGGGGAAAACCUGCAUAUUUACAAUUUUUUAAAGGGGCAUGCCUCCAGGUUUAUUUAUACUAAUUUAUUUUAGCUAGAUUGUAAUGAAAGCUUCAAGCUUAUUUGAGCCAUUCUCAAGUCCCCUUCUUGGAAAAGCCAUUACUGGCAUGGUCAUGACCACAGUGGGGCUCUAACCGACAACCCACGGGUUGAGCAGCCAAUACCUUAACCACCAGAUUUACAACAUGACAUAAAAAAAUAAACAAAUAACAGCAUCUCCAGCUGUGUUUUAAAGAAACAUAAAUUAAUCAAAUUAAUGUCCAUAUCAUUUGAGGUUGAUAUAAAUUACAGCUAAACUUUUUAGGCAGUUGGAAGUAGGUGUACGCAUUUUUUUUUUUUUUAAAGACUACUUCCUGAAUCUGAGUCAGUCAGUUACCGUAUGACAGGUAUUUUUUACCUGCUGCUACUUUCUACGACCAAAUCAGAUUCAUAAAUAUUGGCCUCAUAUAAAUUCGCCACAAAAAGUCGAGUAAACUGGCAGAUUUUGUAAUUUCAUAAAUUUUAAAAUCGUACAAAAUAAAAUAAUGUGUUUUUACCCCAAAUCCGUAAACCUUUUCAGCAGUAAAUAUAACCCGUUAUACGGUACUGCAGGCAUGCUCCUUUAAAACUGAAGAAAAGUGACAAAAACAUUCCUUGUGAACGUCAGGAAGAAUAGAUUUUUUUAUUAGAUGAAGCAAGAAGUACAUACAGAGGGACCAGUUUUUAUACAAGAAAAUUUAAAGUUUUUGUAUUUCUGUACAUUCCUAGCAUGUUUUCGUAAAUUGUUCAUAUUUUUUACUCAUAACUUGGUUUCAGGACCCCUAAAUGAUGAAUUAUUGAGGAUAUUUACAGGUUAUUAUAUAUCAGUUGAUUUAUAACAGAUCAUUGAAUUAAGUCAGAUUUUAUUUCUUACGGGUAAUGUUGUAAAUCUUUGCUUGUGUGAAAAGCUUUUUUGUAACUUCUUAAAAAUUUAUAUCAAAGAUGUAACAACAUACAAACUUUGACCAAUGUGCAAAAUUCUGUGCUUUUUAAAAGGGACCUAUUUUAAAUAUUAGAAAUAAUUUUUGUUAAACAAAAUGAAAACCAUUAUUGUUUUAAAUAUAUAUGAUAACUUUGCUGCUCUUUAAAAGUAUCCAUAUAAAUCCUUUUAUUUUAAGUCAUAAAUAAAAUUUAAAUUGAAGUGUACGAAAAUUUCAGACAUGAAUUGUUUUUCAUUUCAGACAAGUUAAAAAAAAAAUCUUGUAAUUGAAAAGCUCCCUUUAAUUUUCUAUCCUGUUUAAUUUUCGUACUUUAUUUUCCUUUUUUUUUUCCUUCAAAUUACUGGACUAUAUCAAAUUGUGUGCACUUCUGAUUAUGUAUAAACUGCUCUAGAUGUAUAUGUAAUUAAGGAUAAAGUAUUUAUUUUGUCAUUUUGUAUUACCUAAUGUAAACGCCAAUAGCUUUCUCAAAGACUUGUCUGCAAGGCAUUGGAGAAAAAAAUAAAACUAUUUUCAUAGCAUAA